GAUAGUUUGUACAAUCAAUCGUCGAGCGAUCGAUGCGCUCGAUCACUCGGCCGGGUAUUAUAGCUCCUGCGCAGCCGUGCGCCCUUCCUUUUUGCUGAAUGUGUCAGCCAUGGCUCCGAUUAAAAAGCAGAUGGUGAGGAAACCUGGUGGAAAGAAGAAGAAGCAGGUCCUGAAGUUUACCCUGGACUGCACUCACCCUGUUGAGGAUGGUAUCAUGGACGCUGCCAACUUUGAGCAGUUCCUGCAGGAGCGCAUCAAGGUGAACGGCAAAGCUGGAAACCUCGGCGGUGGGGUGGUGUCCAUCGAGAGGAGCAAGAGUAAAAUUGCAGUCAACUCAGAGGUUCCCUUUUCCAAGAGGUACUUGAAAUAUCUCACCAAGAAGUAUCUUAAAAAGAACAACCUGAGGGACUGGCUGCGGGUUGUAGCCAACACCAAGGAGAGCUAUGAGCUGCGCUACUUCCAGAUCAAUCAGGAUGAGGAGGAGGAGGAGGAGGAUUAAACCUGACACCACUCUUAAUAAAACUUCAAAAGAGAAAACACAACUUUGUU